ACGUUCUUAAACCCUAGAAACCCCCAUUCUCUCUCUCUCUCUCUCUCUCUCAACAAAGCAGCAGAGAAGCGGUGUGUUUUGUGGGUAAACGAUGCUUGUGUUGUUCGAAACCCCUGCGGGCUUUGCCCUUUUCAAAGUAUUGGAUGAAGGAAAACUCUCCAAAGUUGAGGACUUGUGGAAGGAGUUCUCCACAGCUGAGUCUUCAAGACAGAUUGUGAAGCUAAAAGCUUUCUCCAAGUUUGAGAACACAUCUGAAGCUUUGUCAGCAGCCACCUUGUUGAUAGAUAGCAAGCCUAGCAAAGGUCUGCGCAAGUUUUUGCGUGCUCAUUGUGAUGGUGAAACAUUAGCUGUAGCUGAUUCUAAACUUGGAAAUGCAAUUAAGGAGAAAUUGCAAAUUGAAUGUGUUCACAACAACACUGUCAUGGAACUGAUGAGAGGAGUGAGAAGCCAAUUGACGGAACUCAUAUCUGGCCUGGCUGUUCAGGAUUUGGCCCCAAUGAGCUUGGGUUUAUCUCACAGCCUAUCUAGAUACAAGUUGAAAUUUAGUCCUGAUAAGGUGGAUACAAUGAUCAUUCAGGCAAUCGGUUUGUUGGAUGAUCUUGACAAAGAACUUAAUACAUAUGCAAUGAGGGUUCGAGAAUGGUAUGGUUGGCAUUUCCCAGAGCUCGCAAAGAUUGUACAAGAUAACAUUCUUUAUGCCAAGGUAGUGAAGAUGAUGGGCGACCGUACAAAUGCUUCCAAGCUUGAUUUCUCUGAGAUAUUGCCAGAAGAGGUUGAAACAGAGCUGAAAGAAGCAGCCAUGAUUUCCAUGGGAACUGAAGUUAGUGACCUUGAUUUGAUGAAUAUCAAAGACUUGUGUGACCAAGUUCUGUCUCUUGCUGAGUAUAGAGCCCAGCUGUAUGACUAUUUAAAGAGUAGGAUGAACACCAUUGCCCCAAAUCUAACUGCUCUUGUUGGAGAACUUGUUGGUGCUCGCCUCAUUGCCCAUGGUGGCAGCUUGAUAAAUCUUGCAAAACAACCCGGAAGCACAGUUCAGAUUCUUGGUGCCGAAAAGGCUCUUUUCCGAGCCCUGAAGACAAAACAUGCAACUCCUAAAUAUGGGCUUAUCUACCAUGCAUCUUUAAUUGGUCAGGCAGCACCGAAACAUAAAGGAAAGAUUGCACGAUCACUUGCUGCCAAAACUGCUUUGGCUAUUCGAUAUGAUGCUCUGGGAGAGAGUCAAGAUAACACUAUGGGAUUGGAGAAUCGAGUUAAGCUUGAAGCACGAUUGAGGAGUCUGGAAGGCAGAGAACUGGGCCGUUCUGCUGGAUCAGCUAAGGGCAAACCUAAGAUAGAAUUCUAUGAUAAGGACCGUAAAAAGGGAGGAGGAGCAAUGAUAACCACUGCCAAGGUCUACAAUCCUUCAGCUGAUUCUGUACUUGGGCGGACAGAAUCAGAACUGACUCAAACUGAGGAAGCAGUAGAGGAGGCUCCUGUUGUUGAUGGAGAGAAGAAAGAGAAGAAGAAAAAGAAGAAGAAGAUGGUUGAUGCAGAGGACAAUGAGGAGGAGGUUGGUGCAGAACCAGAAAACGAGGAGGUAGGGAAAAAAGAGAAGAAGAAAAAGAAGAAACAUUCGGAUGAGAACGCUGAGAAUGAUGACGAAAUUGUUGGAGAGAAGAAGAAAAAGAAGAGAAAACAUGCGGAAGCUGAGGAAGGAGAAACUGAAACUCCAAGCAAGAAGGAUAAAAAGAAGAAGAAGAAGAGAAGCGAAGAUUGAGAAGUUAAAGUUGAUGUGCGAAUUGGAAACCUAACAAUUUUGAGCAUUGUAGGCAGCGGGUGAGUGUUUUUAUUUGUACAAUUUGUGCUUUUUUGUUGGGUUGUUCAUUUGUUUCAUGUGGAUCUUGAAGUUACUUCUAAUGUAUUUUUGAGUUUAUUGGAGAUGUUGCUAGUUGUUGGUUCAAUGGAGGGCAUAUCACUUCAAGUGGAUAUGGCAAAUAUAGAUGAUUGCAGUACAUGUCCAAGUGAACUAGGAAUGUUACUGUGAAUGCCUUUCCCACAUUAGCUCUGUUAUUCAAAUGGAUCCAUUUAUAAUAUAUGAUGAUCUACCUAUACCU